AAGAAAGACCAGCCAACAUUGACCACUUUUCAAUACUUUUCAUUGCAGCGUCCAGAAGAAAAGGGACGAAGCAAUCCAGGUGGUGCCGGCAGUGAGUGCCAUGAGUCAGGCUGUUGGGCUGAUCUACGCUUUUGUGGCAGCCAUCGCCUUUGGCAUUCAAUAUGUGCCUGUGAAGAAGUACGAGAUUUUCGUCCCUUGGACGGCACAUCGGCACAGAUUUCACUCCAAAACCCGGACUCCGACGCGUCUCGAACCUCACGCGAGUUGGACGAAGGAAGGAACGGCCUUUCAAUGGUUUAUGUGCAAUGGGAUUCUGAUGUGCGGCUUCAUCAUUGCUGCGGCUAGUGGAGAACUUCAGCGUGGGCUUUCUCCGUUGGUGAUGCUGGGUGGAGUCUUUUGGGCCUCGUCAAACUAUCUGGUCCUGCCAUUGGUGAAGCUCCUGGGGAUUGGCCUGGGCUUUUCCCUCUAUCACUUCGUGAAUCUGAUGACUGGUUACUGCAUCGGACGCUUUGGGCUCUUUGGAGUGAAAGUCUUAACUGGCAAGCUUCUAUAUUGUGACAUCGGUUGCUUUCUGAUUCUUAUAUCCUUCUUUGCGAUGGUCUUUGUGGAGGCAGGUCAUGAGAACGGGGAGGUCUCUGACUCUGACAGUGAAUGCAGCUCGGACGAGUCUGGAAGCUACGACAAAGUUGUGAAAGCCACGGGUACAAUGGCAAAGGCGGAAGAGCUGGGCACCUUGGACCGCUUGGGGCCAGGUGCUCAGAAGGUGCUGGGAGUCGUUUUGGCGAUCUUGGCCGGUGUCCUUUGCGGAGUGAACGGAGUGCCAGCCACCCUUUGGGAAGCGCAGCAUCCCGAGGCGGAUGCCUUUAGCGUGGCAUUGCCACAAUGCCUUGGGAUUUGGGUUUGCUCCAGUGGAAUCUUGAUUGUUUAUUCCAGCUUGGCUGUGGUGCGGGGCGUGAAGCUCAAGAAGUCGGUGAUUGGCCCGGCCUACGGCAGUGGCUGCAUUUGGGGCAUCGGCUUUGCAUGCAUGAUGAAGGGUAUUGCCAAUUUGGGCUACUCGGUGGGUUACACCUUGGAUGCCGUUGGGCCAAUUUUGGUGUCCAGCUUGCUGUCGGUCUUCGUGUUCAAGGAAAUAACCAACCGGAAGCCGCUCAUGAUCUACUUUGGUGCCUUUACGUUGCAGCUGGUGGGAGUUCUGCUGAUUGGAACCUAUGGUGAGCCUUGAGGCGGUGUGAAUGACCCAGAGAAGGCGGCGUGUCCGUUUUGAACGACAAGCCUGACGUCUCUCUAAACGGAACUGAGUUUUAAACGCCACAUGUCUUCCAAUAAGGAAGGCAUGGAAGGAAGCCGAUGUCGGCGUGUCCGUCUUCAGACUCUCGAAGAGAACCUGCGGACGAAGCCGGACUUGGCUUCAAUAGACUUGUGAACAAAGACGGACGUAAAAUCUGUCCUGCCGGUGCCACUGUGGCAUGUCACAUCUUGCAAGAGGGCGCUCGCCUUGGGAUGCCUUGGGUAU